AUGAAACAGGAUCAGCACAGGGCGGCUGAGCUACCCACAGGAUCUGAGCCGUGUGGAGGCUUCGUGGACGCCACUGAGGCUGGCUACAUCACCACCCCAGGCUACCCCCUGGAAUACCCUCCCAACCAGAAUUGCCGCUGGGUCAUCACAGCCCCCGAGCCUUCACAACGCAUAAUCCUCAAUUUCAACCCCCACUUUGAAAUCGAGAAACUGGACUGCAGGUACGACUAUGUUGAGAUUCACGAUGGAAACUCCGAGUCAGCGGACCUGCUGGGGAAGCACUGCAGCAACAUUGCCCCCGCACCAAUCAUAUCAUCAGGCCCCUCCGUGCACAUCAAGUUCGUCUCAGACUACGCCCAGCAGGGGGCCGGCUUCUCCUUACGCUAUGAGAUCUUCAAAACGGGUUCCGACUGUUCCCGUAACUUUACCAGUCCCUCGGAUCUCAUUGAGUCCCCAGGCUUCCCUGACAAAUAUCCCCACAACCUGGAGUGCUCCUUCAUCAUCGUUGUCCCGUCCAGCAUGGACGUCACGCUCACCUUCCUCACCUUUGACCUGGAGAAUGAUCCCCUUCAAGGUGGAGAUGGAGAAUGCAAGUAUGACUGGCUGGAAGUGUGGGACGGGCUCCCAGGAGUGGGUCCCCUGAUUGGUCGAUACUGCGGGACCAGGGUUCCUCCAGAGAUCCAGUCAUCCACUGGAAUUCUGUCUCUGGCUUUCCACACGGACAUGGCCGUGGCCAAGGACGGCUUCUCAGCUCGAUACAACAUGACGCAUAAGGAAGUCAAAGAGCGGUUCCACUGUAGUUACGCAUUCGGUAUGGAGUCGGGAAAGAUCACAGACGAGCAGAUCUCUGCCUCGUCCAGCUUUUAUGAUGGACACUGGAUGCCACGUCAGGCCCGGCUCAACUACAACGACAACGGGUGGACACCCAAGGAGGACAGCAACAGGGAGUACAUUCAGGUGGAUCUCCAUACCCUCAAGGUGAUCACAGGCAUCUCCACUCAGGGUGCCAUCUCAAAGGAAACUCAGAAGAUCUACUAUGUCACCACCUUCAAGCUGGAGGUCAGCACUAACGGAGAGGACUGGAUGGUUUUCCAUGCUAAUACUGACGCCACAGACGUGGUUCUCAACCGGGUCCCGCAGCCCGUCCUGGCCCGCUUUGUGAGAAUCAGACCUCAGACGUGGAAGAACGGCAUCGCCCUGCGAUUCGAGCUCUAUGGCUGUCAGAUUACAGAUGCUCCCUGCUCAGAGCUGCAGGGCAUGUUGUCUGGACUACUUCCUGAUUCCCAAAUUUCUGCAUCCUCCAUGAGGGAUAUCCACGGCUCUAUGGGGGCAGCCCGGCUGGUGGCGAGCCGGUCGGGCUGGUUUCCCAACCCCACACAACCCAUAGCUGGAGAAGAGUGGCUACAGGUGGAUCUCGGCAUGCCCAAAAUGAUUCGGGGAAUUAUUACCCAGGGUGCAAGAGGGCUGGAGGGCAGCACCAGCGCUGAGAACAGGGCAUUCGUCAGAAAAUACAAACUAGCAUACAGCUUGACUGGCAAAGACUGGAAAUACAUCAUUGACAGCAAGACUGGGUUUGCUAAGAUUUUUGAAGGGAACAGCCACUAUGAUACUCCGGAGGUACGCAGGUUUGAUGAGAUCAUUGCCCGCUACGUCAGGGUCUUCCCGGAGCGCUGGUCCCCCGCUGGGAUCGGCAUGAGGGUGGAGGUCCUCGGCUGCGACCUUCCCGGUAAGCGUGCACGCUCGCUAGCAGAGACACUUGUUAAAGGCACAUGA